AAAAAAUAUGUCUGCCUGAAGGAGUGGAGGGUUGGUAGCGCGGCGAGUGCGAGAGCAGCUCAGCUCAACCCAAACCAACCCAACGGGAACAGCCACAGAGGCCAAACUCUCUCUCUCUCUCUCUCACUCACUCACUGCUCCUCCUCGGGCUACGCGUUUUGGAUGUGCGGGAGGAGAGGAAGGUUUAGUGAGAGUAAAUCAAGAUGAAUCCACAGCAGCGGAUGGCCGUUAUAGGAACAGACAAGGAAUUGAGCGAUCUGCUGGAUUUUAGUGCGAUGUUUUCUCCCCCUGUUAACAGCGGAAAAAACGGACCAAUCACGCUCGCCAGCAGUCACUUUAGUGGUUCAGGAAUGGAAGAACGAACAGGUACUGCCUCUUGGGGGACAGGUAGCCAAACAAGCCCAUCGUAUGAAUCUUCAAGGGGUUUUACAGACAGUCCUCAUUAUGGUGAACACUUGAAUGACAGUCGAUUAGGAUCCCAUGAAGGAUUGUCACCAACACCGUUCAUGAACUCCAGUCUAAUGGGGAAAGUUUCAGAAAGAGGGCCACGUGCACUAUAUGGCAGAGACCCAGGAAUACCAGUGUGCCAACCCAGUAUUCUUCGAUCAGAAGCAGGAAUAAGCAGCCCUGUAACUUUGCCAUCUUCAGGAAAGCCUGGAACUGUGUACUUUCCUUUUACUGCCACAAAUCCACGCAGAAGACCACUUAAUGACUCUACAGCACUUGAUCCCCCGCAGACAAAGAAAGUAAGAAAGGUGCCUCCUGGUUUGCCUUCUUCUGUUUAUGCACCUUCACCAAGCUCAGACGACUUCAACAGGGAGUCUCCAAGUUACCCGUCACCCAAACCACCCGGCAGUAUGUUUGCUACCACGUUCUUUAUGCAAGAAGGGAAUCACAAUCACAAUUCUUCUGACCUUUGGAGUUCCACAAAUGGGAUGAAUCAGCCAGGUUACGGAGGAAUGCUAGGAAGCUCUUCCUCUCACGUCUCUCAGUCUAGCAGUUACAGCAGUCUGCAUGCACAUGACCGUUUGAGCUUUCCACCACAUUCAGUUUCACCUAGAGACAUCAACCCCAGUCUUCCCCCAAUGUCUAGCUUCCAUCGAGGUACCAGCUCCUCUCCUUAUGUUGCAGCCUCACACACCCCACCAAUCAAUGGAUCAGAAAACCUUUUGGGGAACAGAGGAAAUACAACUGGGGUUUCACAGACAGGUGAUGCACUUGGAAAAGCUUUGGCAUCUAUUUAUUCACCCGAUCACACCAGCAGUAGCUUCCCAUCAAAUCCAUCAACACCAGUUGGAUCUCCGUCACCUCUGCCAGGUGCUAACCAGUGGUCUCGAUCAGGAGCAAACCCAUCAUCUCCCAGCUAUGAAAACUCUCUUCACUCACUGAAAAAUCGGGUUGAACAGCAACUUCAUGAGCAUUUGCAAGAUGCAAUGUCUUUCUUAAAGGAUGUCUGCGAGCAGACUCGAAUGGAGGAUCGCUUAGACCGAUUGGAUGAUGCUAUCCACGUUCUAAGAAACCAUGCUGUAGGGCCUUCAACAAGCAUGUCUGGUUGCCAUAGUGAAAUGCAUAGUUUACUGGGACCAUCACAAAAUGGGCCAAUUGGAGGAUUGCAUUCAAACUAUGGAGCAUCUGUGCUGGUAACUUCCAGUCGACAAGCAUCAAUGGUUGGUUCUCAUCGGGAUGAAUCUGUCAGUCUCCAUAACAGCCAUUCGAUCCUCCCCAGUACAGGCCCCCCAACAAGUACAGAAUUAAAUCACCAUCCACAGGAUAACUGCAGAGGACCCUCCAGUAGUUUGCAAAGUCAGACUGCUGCCCUGAGUCAAGCUGACGUCAAGAGAGAAGAGAAAGAUGAGAAUACACGUGACUCCUUCUCCUCCGAUGACAAGGGAUUAGAUGAGGAUGGAUCAAAAAGUGAUAAACUCCAAUCGGGAGAUAGAUCCAGUAAUCACGAAGAAGAUGACUUAAACCCCGAGCAAAAAGCAGAACGGGAACGUGAGAGGAGGAUGGCGAAUAAUGCUAGAGAGCGUCUUCGCGUACGAGACAUCAAUGAGGCAUUUAAGGAGCUUGGCCGCAUGUGUCAACUUCACAUGAAAAGUGAAAAACCCCAAACCAAGCUACUUAUUCUGCAUCAGGCAGUUGCCGUUAUCCUCAGCUUGGAACAACAAGUCCGAGAGAGGAACCUGAACCCGAAAGCAGCCUGCCUUAAAAGAAGGGAAGAAGAGAAAGCUUCUGCCAUAUCAGCAGAGGGACACUCGGGAGCACAUCAUGGAUCACACUCAGGAGUACACUCUGCAGCUCACUCUGCAGCACACCCUGGUGCACACUCUGGCCUCACUGACACUAACAACCCUAUUGGUCAUAUGUAAAUCUGCCAGGUCAAAAGUCUGGAUAGUUUUUGUAAAAUAACAAGUGAAUCAUCUUUCCACACAAGGACCCUGCCAACUAACUUUCAUUAAAGCCACAGUUGGAAAAACAUAACAUCAGAAACCCAGAAGCAAUCUCUUGAUCAACAUUGUGUCAUGUUCAUCUCUCUGAAUAUAUUUUCUCCUGAAUCUGAAUUUUGGCCCAUACAAAACCUAGUACAUAUCAGUCUGUUGAAAGUGGCUCUGCUUCUACACAAUCAGAGACUGUUGCAAUCGAUCCACUGUUUGUGGACAUUGCCUUGUGCCUAAACUUGUUGGUUGAUGAAUGCAUUUAAGACAAUUUUAUUUAUUAUUAUUGAACUAUAAGGUCUACUUUGAAAGGGAAUUGUUAAAAUCGUAGUUUCAUUCGCAGCUAGCUGAUGUUAGCAUCCGUCAAAGCUGUUCGCAUGCAGAGAACAAAGCAGUAACAGCCUCUAACACCUAGCAUUCCCAGAACCUAUUAGUGUCUUAAAAAUGGGAGGGAAGAGAUUGUACUCUCCAUUCCUUUGGCCACACAAAUAGCAUUUUCCAUGAAUCAGAAAAUUCCUUGUUAGAGUGACUGUUAAUUUGUUUGAUCUCUGGAUGUUUGAACAGUUGUAGUCACAAUAUACACAUUUUCCUAUCUUGAGUUAAUGCUUGUGUCGUAAUCAAUUUACUUUAUAUUAAAUGUGCUUUUUAUUUGAAAAGGAGCAAGUUCUGUGACCAUAGCUUCACUUAGCUUGGAUUGAGGGUAGAAUUCUUUUGAGCAACUUUCGAGAAAAUAAGCAUUCUUAUUUGUUUUAUUUGUAAUUAUACAAAUGUUUUAGGCUUCAUACGAAUAGCAUAACUUGUAAUGUGACGUGCAAAUUAGAACAUUUCUAAUUUUAGAAUUGCUUUAGUUUUUUUUAAGCAGCUUAAUUACUACAUUUAGUACACGUGAAAAGUGUUUGCUGUAAUUAAGCACAAAAGCAAAACAAUGGUUUCAGGCUCUGAAGGUUGUGAGCUCAUCUUGUUUGAGCGGGACCUGUAGCGUAAAGACGAACAAGUGAGCUGUGAAGUUGAUUAAAAUUGUCCAAAGAAGAAAAAGAACUAGGGUCACCAGCUUUUUGAGACCAUACUUUGUUUUUGUUAUCUCCUUAUCUAUGUGGCUAGUCAGUGGAGCGGGCUCAGGAGAAUGAUGGCAGUCCAUAACAUGAGCUUUGAAGUCAAUGUAGCCCUAACUGACAUGAGUUUUAAAUCGCUUGCAUUUCCAAACCACUGUCUCCCCUUUUUUAAAAUAAAAAAGAUUGCAUCUCUUUAGCUUCCAUGUAAACUGUCUUCCACUUAAAAUGAGCAUAAGAGAGAAAAUAGCUGACUCGGGUUACUUCAUGUUUGAAUGUCUAAAAUAUAUUGGCAAUUGGCCCGCUACAGGAUGAACAAAUUAUGCAUUUCUUUACUUUGAGCACUCGCAAAGACAACUGAAAGAACAAAAAUAUCAAAACUAGUCGUCUUGCCGGGCUGAUGAUGAGGAAUGUUAUAAACACUUGUUUUGGAAGGUUUCUGUAAGAAUGAAUUAUUUUCGACCGUCGUGUAGGAUUUCGUCAUACUAAUUGAUUCAUUAUGACUGUAAUUCAAGAUAAAUUAAUACCCAAUUUACUGUAUCUGUGGCCUUGUUCAUCAGUUCAGUGUUCAUGAGCUGCCAGUUGCUUAAACGUGCAAAAGUGAUCACAUGCCACUGCCCGGCCUUUUCUUAAGCCUGGUUCAAAGCUUUCUUUCCCUUUUGGCUACAAUAGACUUUGGAUUAUGCCCAAAAGCUUUCCUUCAACACGAAAAAGAAAACAUUUGGCUUAUUUUUCGCAGUAGGUAGUCUUUUAUACAAUAAUCUUGUAAAAAAAAUAAUUAAAAAAAUCUUGAAUUCUAAAUAUUACUCUUUCUAGAUUUUUGAAAUCAAAAGUUUUCAGUAAAAAGUUUCUUACUUUAUUUUACUAUAUUAGGUAGAAAAAUUGUAGGGUUAUUUACCGUAACCUGUCCAUUAAUAUCAGAAAAAUAAAAUAGCAUUCGAAAACCAUUGUAGGUUCUAGCUAAGCCGUGUAGUACCUAUAAAGUAUUGUACAAGCUAAAUGUCUGAGAUAAGUUGCUUCACAUCUUGUUCUCCAAGUUUCAAUUGUUGGUUAAUGCAGAUUUGUACCCGUGUCAAAUUUAAGGUAUUGUUGAUGAACCUUUCCAUCCAACGGCAAGAAGUUCAAAUUUUCUGUCAACGAUAACAGAAAACACUAUGUAUAUAACAUUUAUGUAGCAAUAAAUGUGCCAUCUUUUUUAACAA